AUGGACUCGCCAACGUAUGACCCCACGAUUCAUCUAAAUAAGAUAUUUAGUUCUCCCGAUACGUUAGAUGAGCUACCACAAUUGUUGAACCACGUGUCGGAGUAUAAGCGGCAAUUGACAGGAGAGAUUAACAAGUGUAUGGGGAGGUAUGAGGAAGUGGAUUUGAAGGAUGAUAUAUUAAAUCUUACAACGACGAUUGGGGAUAUCAAACGGGAAUCGACCCUGACAAAGCAGACGAUUUCUCAAAUGACCAGCUCGAUUCAGCGAUUGGACUGCACCAAGAAGAAUUUGGUGGUGUCAAUGACGUUACUUAAGAGAUUACAGAUGUUGGUUAAUGUGAACAACAAGUUGAGUUCGAUAUUGCCUAGUCGCAACUAUAAGGAGAUCUACCUGUUGUUAGGGGUUAUAAAAGAGUUGUUACAGUUUUUCCAGCCCUACAAGUCGAUAGACGAGAUUAACCAAAUCAACCUUAUGGUUGUGCACACGCAGAACAAGUUGAUUGAUGAUAUUUUUAUUGAUUUUGAGGAGUACAAAAGCAAAGACGAAGAGCAGUUGUUGUAUGGGGCGAGAAUUUUGGAGUUGAUUGAUAUAAAGUAUAAGGACAAGUUGCUUGCGUGGUUUUACAACUUGCAGUUGCAGGAUUUGAAGGAGAUUUUCAGUGGCGAGGCCGGGUCGUUGGAUAAUUUGAAUCGGAGGUUUAUUUAUUUCAAGAAUAUCCUAAAACAGGUCCAGCAGUACAAGAUUUUUCCAUGGGACGUUUCCGAUGCCAUAACGCAAGAGUUUUGUAAGAUUACCAGACAGGAUAUAUCAAAGUUGUUGUAUAAUUCGAAAAUCGAGUCAAAAACUCUUUUGGAUAACUUGACAAAGACGUUGGAGUUUGAAAAGUCGUUGAAUUUGCAUAACGAGAUUUCGCUGGUGUUUGAGCCGUACUUGUCGAUCUGGGUGCAUGAGCAAGAUAAGUAUUUGAAUUCGAAAAUGUUGGAGUUUUCGGCGGUGUCGCAGUUACCGCCUGAGUUGGAGGAUUUAGGGGCUAAUGUCCCCAACAUUGCUGUGUCGUCGACUGAGUUGUUUAAGAUUUUUAAUCGGUUAUUGUCGCACAUUACCAAGCUUACAAAUGGGGAGACAAUUGUUGAUCUAGCGCGGGUGUUUAAUAAGUACUUGCUUGAGUAUAACCGAAGGGUGUUGCUUCCUAUUUUGGCGACAGACGAUUAUAGUGUUGAGUCGUUAAAGUACUUUACGAUGUUGCUAAAUACGGGAGACUAUAUUAUCAAUAAUAUUGAAGAACUUGCAGAGAAGACGCAAAAGAUGACGAAGCACACUAUUGCACAAUUCAACACUGAUGCGUUUUACCAGUUGAUCAACAAAAGUAUUUCCAGUUUAUUGCUCAAGAUGUCGAUAGAUUACAAGCCGUGCUGGCGUGAGUUUUUCAAUUUGGAUUGGGGGCAGUUGGAUUCCGUGAAUGAUAUUUCGUCGUACAUGAACGAUUUGAAGGGCAAGACCAGCGACAACUUGAAAGUUAUUCUCCCGCUUAUUAUCAGGGAUAGUUAUGUGCGUAAUUUUAACGACAAGUUGGUUGAGUUGUUGGUAACGACCAUAGCCAAUAACCUCAAGUUUGUUAAGCCGAUGACUGCGACGAGUGUUGAGCAGAUUCUUAUGGAUGUGUCGUCGUUGAAGGAGCUGGCAUUAAAGUUCCCGUUGUAUUCGAUUAAGGAGGUUUCAAAGUCGUACCAGAAGUUUGUCAAUAGCCAUUUCCGGGAGUUGGAGUCGUUGCUCAAGUUGUUGAUGGUACCUGUAGUUCCGGUUGAGAAUGUUAUUGAGAGCUAUUUUGCGUUGAUUGGCGACAAGUCGAUUAGCAAUUUUGUCAAGGUGUUGAAUUUGAAACGGAUUGAUAAGGCGCAGCAGUACAAGUAUGUGGACAACUUUAAGUUGCAAUUAUCUGUAGAUGAUGGGUCGGUGACGAGUUGUGGGUUGUUGCAGAAUUUAGAGGAUGAGGAGGAGGUGUCACGUGCCGCGACCCCGGAUGUGCGGUUGAAUGAAAAAUUUGAAACACAUGUGAGCAAGAUAAACGAGAACUUUAAAAAUUUUGGUAAAUUUUUCCGUAAAGAUGAUACGUAG